GACGCCCUUGCGUUUGGUUGUAUGACGCUGCGCGCGGCUAGCAUCUGUCAAACGUUCCGAUAUCUACCGAUAACGAAUUCGCUCUUCCAAAGUGUAAAAUGUGGGCUAAGUGAGAAGUUCCUUGUGUGAGGCAUGGUGCGCCCAGUGUUGUCGGCCGGAGCUCUGCUCUGCGCCCUGGGUCUGCUGCUAGAGGCGCAAGCACUCACAUUGCUGCCCCACGACGUCCGCCCCGGCCAUGCCGUCCAUCAUUUUGCUGGCAACCACUCGCAUUACACCCUCCUAGACCCUGAGUACGCUCCAUACUUCACCCUACUCAACGAUGGCCUCCUUAUGACCACUGCCGAUCUCGAACCGCUUUUAGAUCGACCGCUCAAUUUGGCCAUCUUAGAACAAACACCGUUUAGUAGCUCAGCACACUCCAUCCAUCUCCUAGUGGUGGAUAGGAAACGAAUGCUUCAUUUCCCUACAAACGGCGAUUUGCAAGGAGAAAUCCCAGAAAAUUCACCCGCUGGAACUGUCAUCGAUCUUCCACCCAUACGAGCUACCGCAUUAGUGGAUAUCGGUCCUGUAGCUUACAAAAUAGUAAAAGGAAACGAGGAAAACAUUUUCGCCUUGCGUGACAAAACCAAAGACAGUGUUCCUGAAGUAAGAUCUGUAAUCACGGAGGGUGAUGUGGAAAUAAUAGCAACGCGACCUUUGGAUACCGAAGAAAAGAACGUAUACGAUCUUAUUAUACAGGCAACGGAUUUACACGGGGCAAAUAAAGGUAGCCUUCCUAUUCGUGUGCUCGUGACAAAUGAAAACGAUCAUGCACCUAUUUUUGAUCAGAGUAUUUAUUAUUUUGCUGUUAAUGGGACUCCGAACGAGAACGGUCCUAAUGGGACAGGACAUUGGCAAAGAUUUUCAAACAUUGGAAAGGUGCAUGCUUAUGACGCUGAUGGUGAUAGGAUUUACUACUCGUUGAUGAAUCCUAGCAAUUUGGCGGUCAUAGUCCCACAAACCGGCGAAUUGAUUUUGGCCGGGGAGCCGGAUAGCCACGAAGCGGAAUUGAGGGUGCUUGCACAUGAUACUGGUACUCCGUCGCGUAAAAGCCGACCAGCACGCGUGUUUCUCGAGUUUGUAAUCCGCGAUCGUAGAAACCUCCCAACGCUUCACCGCGAGAAGCGUCGCGUUACCCGUGCAGUUCGACCGACGAAGCGUAUUGAAUUUACUGAAGGCGAUGGUGAAGUAGAAGGACGAGCUGUGUUUACCCUUGAAAAAGAAACUGACCGGGAAACAUUCAAAAUUCGGGACGAAAAUCCGUGGGUUACCGUAGAGCCAAGUGGUGUUGUGAAAGUUAAAAAGAAGUGGGACUAUGAAGAAUUAGGACCUGAGAAGACUAUCGAUUUUUGGGUCACCAUUACCAACGCUGGAAAUGGAGUGGCUUUGAAAUAUACGGACAACCAACGCGUCAUAAUCCACGUAAAGGACGUCAACGACGAGCCCCCGUACUUCAUCAAUCGACCACUUCCGAUGCAAACUGUAGUUCAACUGAACGCAGCUCCGAACACUCCGGUUUUCACCUUGCAAGCUAGAGAUCCUGACACUGAUCAUAAUAUACAUUAUUUCAUUGUGAGGGAUAGGACUGGUGGACGGUUUGAGGUUGAUGAGAGGUCUGGAGUCGUCCGAACGAGGGGCACUGACCCGUUUCAACUGGAUAUGGAAUACGUGUUGUACGUUAAGGCUGAGGAUCAGAACGGGCGCAUAGACGAGCGACGGUUCCAGUCGACCCCCGAGGAACGGCUGAGCAUCGUGGGUGGAAAGAGAGCUCCUCAAUUCUACCUGCCCAGCUACGAGGCCGAAAUCGCUGAAAAUCAGAAAAAGGACUCUGAUAUAAUAUCAGUGAAAGCGAAAUCGUUUGCUGAUCGUGAGAUCCGAUACACUCUAAAGGCGCAAGGGCAAGGAGCUGGCACCUUCAACAUUGGGCCCACGUCAGGCAUUGUCAAGCUGGCCAAAGAACUAGAUUUUGAAGAUUUGCGACAGCCACAUGUGUAUUCUCUGGUUGUCACCGCUACAGAGGAUUCUGGUGGUUUUUCGACUUCGGUUGAGUUAACAAUAAGAGUGACUGAUGUAAACGACAAUGCUCCGAAAUUCGAGCUACCUGAUUACCAGGCGCAUAACGUCGACGAAGACAUUCCUCUAGGCACGAGCAUCCUCAAAGUCAAAGCUAUGGACGCUGACUCCGGGAAGAACGCCGAAAUCGAGUAUUUAGUUUCAGAUGAUCACUUUAGUGUGGAUUCCAACGGUAUAAUCACGAACAACAAGCAACUAGACGCUGAUAAUAACAAUGCUUACUACGAAUUCAGCGUCACUGCGAAGGACAAGGGAGAACCAGCUAAGACCGGGACAGCUACCGUUAGAGUUUAUACUAAGAACAAAAAUGACGAAGAACCUAAAUUUUCUCAACAAGUGUACACACCUAAUGUAGAUGAAAAUGCUGGCCCUAAUACUCUAGUGACAACUGUCGUAGCUUCUGACAAGGACGGUGAUAAUGUAAGAUUCGGAUUUGUCGGAGGAGGCACAAGCUCAGGACAGUUCGUUAUAGAAGAGAUCACCGGUGUAAUUCGACUUCAUAAUAAGGCAAUAUCACUAGAUAGAGAUAAAUACGAAUUAAAUGUAACAGCAAUGGACGAUGGAGCAUGCUGCGUCAAUGGGGAUGCUACAAUACACACAUCUACGGCUGUAGUUGUUGUAUUUAUCACAGACGUAAACGAUAAUAAACCUAUCUUCAAAGACUGUCCUACGUAUUUCCCGAAAGUUGAAGAAGGCGCACCUAAUGGUAGUCCUGUCAUCAAAGUACACGCGACUGACGAAGAUAAGGGUGUAAACGGACAAGUUAAAUACUCUAUAGUACAACAACCAAACCAGAAAGGAACGAAAUUCACCGUAGAUGAAGAAACAGGAGAAGUAUCGACGAAUAAGGUGUUUGAUAGAGAAGGUGACGACGGAAAGUUUGUUUCGGUGACUGUAAAGGCAACUGACCAAGGCGAACCCUCCUUGGAAGGUGUGUGCUCAUUUACCGUCGAAAUCACAGACGUCAAUGACAACCCACCCUUAUUCGAUAGACAAAAAUAUGUGGAGAAUGUAAAACAAGAUGCCAGUAUUGGCACUAAUAUUUUGCGAGUAUCAGCAUCUGAUGAAGAUGCCGAUAACAAUGGAGCUAUUGUAUACACUCUAAGUGCUCCCUACAAUCCUGCAGAUAUUGAAUACUUUGAGAUCCAACCCGAAUCGGGGUGGAUCGUACUUAAGAAGCCUUUGGAUCGGGACAGGUACCGACUGCGCGUGCGCGCCUCGGACAGGGGCGACCCGCCAUCCUCUGCAGACGUGGACGUUGAAUUAGAUGUGGUAGACAGGAACAAUAAGCCCCCCAUCUGGGACAUGUCCACGUAUGGCCCCGUUCACAUCAAAGAGAAUGUCACAGUGGGUACCGUAGUGACCAGUGUGAAAGCAAGCUCGGGCAUUGAGAACAACCCGACCGUGUUUUACCGGCUGAUGCCCGGAUCUACUGCUCAAACGAACAAGUUCCACACUUUCUAUUUACAACAAAGAGCCGACAAUGGGUUCACUUGGGCAGAUAUAAAGGUUAAUCAUCCGUUGGACUACGAGAGCAUCAAGGAGUAUAAUCUGACGAUCCGUGUAGAGAACAACGGUGCACAACAACUGGCUUCAGAAGCGACGGUUUAUAUAAUGCUGGAAGACGUCAACGAUGAAAUCCCCCUCUUCACUGAAAGAGAACAGGAGACUGUCCUGGAAGGAGAACCCAUCGGGACUAAAGUUACGCAGGUCAACGCUAUCGACAAAGACGGCACUUUUCCUAACAACCAAGUGUACUACUACAUAGUGGACUCCCCCCGCAAUGAGGGCAAGGACUUUUUCGAAAUCAGCAUGCAGACGGGCGAGAUUUUCACCAAGGUGGUCUUCGAUCGGGAGAAGCAAGGUGCUUACGCGUUGGAAGUGGAGGCGCGUGAUGGAGCUCCUUCGGCUCGUCCUAAUUCUGACAAUCAACCUAACUCAGUUACCAAAUUCAUUCGCAUCGGCAUCGCAGACAAGAAUGACAAUCCACCAUACUUCGACAAAGAACUGUACGAGGCGGAGGUCGACGAGAAUGAAGACAUUCAACACACUGUACUCACCGUCACCGCCAAAGAUCACGAUGAAUCGUCGCGUAUUCGAUACGAGAUCACGAGCGGGAACAUAGGUGGCGCGUUCGCCGUCAAAAACAUGACGGGCGCAAUCUAUGUCGCCGGCGCCCUCGACUACGAAACCAGGAAAAGGUACGAGCUGAAGUUGGCGGCGUCGGAUAACCUGAAGGAGAACUACACGACGGUUGUGAUCCACGUGAAGGACGUGAACGAUAACCCGCCCGUGUUUGAGCGCCCUACCUACCGCACCCAGAUCACCGAGGAAGAUGACCGCAAUUUGCCAAAACGCGUCUUACAGGUCACCGCCACUGACGGUGACAAAGACAGACAACAAAACAUCGUAUAUUUCCUAACCGGGCAAGGCAUUGACCCUGACAACCCUGCGAACAGCAAGUUCGAUAUCAAUCGCACAACCGGAGAAAUCUUUGUGCUCAAACCUCUGGAUCGUGAUCAACCUAAUGGACGACCACAAUGGAGGUUCACAGUGUUUGCUCAAGAUGAGGGUGGUGAAGGCCUCGUGGGAUAUGCCGACGUCCAAGUCAACCUUAAAGACAUUAACGAUAAUGCGCCUAUUUUCCCUCAAGGAGUUUAUUUUGGAAAUGUAACCGAAAACGGCACGGCUGGCAUGGUCGUUAUGACAAUGACUGCGAUUGAUUAUGACGAUCCGGCUGAAAGCAAUAACGCAAAGCUUUGGUAUUCAAUAGAAAAGAAUGUGAUAGAAGAAGAAACUGGAUCUCCUAUUUUCGAGAUCGAACCUGAAACUGGUGUAAUAAAAACUGCAGUUUGCUGUUUGGAUCGUGAAAGGACACCUGAUUACUCUAUACAAAUCGUAGCAUCCGAUGGAGGGGGUUUAAAAGGAACAGGUACCGCAUCAAUAAGAGUCAAAGAUAUUAACGAUAUGCCCCCGCAGUUCACAAAGGAUGAAUGGUUUACCGAAGUCGAUGAAACUGAUGGCACUAAUCUUCCUGAAAUGCCCAUUCUUACUGUCACCGUACAUGAUGAAGAUGAAACUAAUAAAUUCCAAUACAAAGUUAUUGAAAAUAGUGGAUAUGGUGCUGAUAAAUUUACUAUGGUUAGAAAUAACGACGGUACAGGAUCAUUGAAAAUUGUACAGCCGUUAGAUUAUGAAGACCAAUUACAAAGUAAUGGCUUCAGAUUUAGGAUACAAGUUAAUGAUAAAGGAGAAGAUAAUGACAACGAUAAAUAUCACGUAGCUUAUUCGUGGGUAGUAGUUAAACUUAGAGAUAUUAAUGACAAUAAACCGCAGUUUGAAAGGGCUAAUAUAGAAGUGUCAGUUUAUGAAAACGCCGAAGUCGGCAAGAGCUUAGAAACGUUCAAAGCAACUGAUCCGGAUCAAGGUGGUAAAAGUAAAGUAUCGUACGCUAUUGAUAGGUCGUCGGACAGAAAGCGACAAUUCUCAAUUAACCAAGAAGGGACAGUCAGCAUACAGAGAUCUUUAGACAGGGAGGAUACGCCACGUCACCAAGUCAAAAUUUUGGCCAUUGACGAUGGAGUUCCACCAAGAACUGCUACUGCUACUCUUACUGUUAUAGUCCAAGACAUAAAUGACAAUGCUCCUACAUUCUUGAAAGACUAUAGACCGGUUCUUACUGAGCAUAUUACACCUAAGAAAGUAGCUGAAAUUUUAGCAACGGACGAUGAUGAUAGAUCCAAGAGCAAUGGACCACCAUUCCAGUUUAGACUUGACCCUGGAGCGGAUGACAUUAUAAGGGCAUCCUUCAAAGUAGAACAAGACCAGAAGGGUGCGAACGGUGAUGGCAUGGCUAUUGUUUCUUCUUUGCGGUCAUUUGACAGGGAACAACAGAAGGAGUAUCUCAUUCCAAUCAUAAUCAAAGACCACGGAAAUCCAGCGAUGACAGGAACAAGUACGCUGACGGUAGUCAUUGGUGACGUAAAUGACAAUAAAAUGCAGCCCGGAUCAAAAGAUAUUCUCGUAUACAACUAUCAAGGGCAAGCACCUGAUACUGAAAUUGGACGAGUAUAUGUUUACGACCUUGAUGACUGGGAUUUACCAGAUAAAAAAUUCUUUUGGGAAAGUACAGAACAUCCAAAUUUCACACUGAACGAAGAGACAGGUAUGAUACAAAUGAAGCAUAAAACAAAAGAAGGUAAAUAUCACCUAAAAUUCAAAGUAUACGAUCGAAAACAUACACAAACAGACGUACCUGCAAAUGUUACAGUGUAUGUUAAAGAAAUAUCACACGAAGCUAUAAUAAACUCCGGGUCGAUACGGAUAUCAGGUAUAUCAGAUGAAGACUUUAUUAGAGUCUGGAACUAUAAAGCUCUUGCCGUUUCUCGAAGUAAAUUAGACAUUUUCAAAGACAAGUUAGCUGACCUGUUAAACACGGAACGAGAAAAUAUUGAUGUGUUCAGUGUACAACUGAGAAAGAAACACCCACCUGUGACUGAUGUCCGGUUUUCAGCACACGGUGCUCAUUAUUACAAGCCAAUCAGAUUAAAUGGUAUCGUAUUGAUGCACAGGGAAGAAAUUGAGAGAGCGGUCGGAAUCAACAUUACAAUGGUUGGUAUAGACGAAUGCAUUUAUGAGAACCAAAUGUGUGAGGGCUCUUGCACAAAUGUUUUAGAUAUCAGCAAUCUUCCGUAUAUGGUUAAUGCAAAUAAAACUGCAUUAGUUGGUGUUCGAGUAGAUGUGAUUGCAGAAUGCACUUGUGGAGCCAGAAACUUUACUCAGGCAGAAACUUGCCGCAACUCGCCGUGCUAUAAUGGAGGCAGGUGCAUUGAAGGGAAAUAUGGUUUAACAUGCUCCUGUCCACCUGGUUACACCGGACCAAGAUGUCAACAAACUACAAGAAGUUUUAGAGGAACAGGUUGGGCUUGGUAUCCGGCCCUGGAAAUGUGCGAUAGUUCACAUUUAAGCUUUGAAUUUGUUACUAGAAAAUCCGAAGGUGUACUGUUAUACAACGGGCCCAUUGUACCACCGGAGCCUGAAGAAAUAAUGGUAUCCGACUUCGUCUCUGUAGAGCUGGAAAGAGGACAUCCCAGGCUUUUGAUUGACUUUGGGUCGGGUACCUUAGAACUGAGAGUCAAAACUAAGAAGACUUUAGAUGACGGUGAAUGGCAUCGUAUCGAUAUAUUCUGGGACACUGAAAACGUACGAAUGGUUGUAGAUUUCUGUAAGUCUGCUGAUAUUCAAGAAAUGGAAGAUGGUACUCCUCCAGAAUUUGACGAUUCGACCUGUCAAGCCACAGGAACCAUACCACCGUUCAAUGAAUACCUGAAUGUUAACUCACCCCUACAGAUUGGUGGUUUGUACAUAGAACACUUUGACCCUACACAUUAUCAUUGGCAGUACAUGCCAAUUGGCAAAGGAUUUGACGGAUGUAUACGAAAUCUGAUUCAUAACAGCAAACUAUACGAUUUGGCACAUCCAGGCAUGUUUAGGAAUUCUGUUGCGGGAUGUCCACAAACUGAAGAAAUAUGCAAUCAAGCAGACACUACUUCACGAUGCUGGGAACAUGGAACGUGCGUUGGAAGCUUUUCUGAAGCUCGUUGCCAAUGUCACCCUGGCUGGACUGGACCAUCCUGCAAUUUACCUACAACUCCGACGAGCUUUAGGCCUCAAAGCUAUGUUAAAUUCGCUCUUAGUUUCGAACCUGACAGAUUUAGUACACAAAUUCAACUGCGAUUCCGAACACGUGAACCCCAUGGGGAACUUUUCAGAGUCAGUGACCAACAUAACCGUGAAUAUGGCAUACUCGAAGUGAAAGACGCACGUUUACAUUUCCGAUACAAUCUAAAUUCAUUGCGCACUGAAGAACGUGAUGUAUGGUUAAAUGCUGUAGCUGUCGAUGAUGGUCAAUGGCAUAUAGCUCGUGUCAGUCGGUAUGGAAGCUCCGCUACAUUAGAAAUUGAUGGUGGUGAGGGAAGGCGAUAUAACGAAACCUUUAAGUUCGAAGGUCAUCAAUGGCUACUGGUUGAUAAGCAGGAAGGAGUUUACGCUGGCGGUAAAGCGGAAUAUACCGGUGUGCGAACCUUUGAAGUAUAUGCUGAUUUCCAAAAAGGUUGCUUGGACGAUAUCAGGUUGGAAGGCAAGCACCUGCCGCUGCCUCCAGCUAUGAACGGCACUCAAUGGGGUCAGGCUACAAUGGCUAGAAACCUGGAUCGCAACUGCCCUUCUAACAGUCCUUGCAUCAACGUCCACUGCACUGAACCCUUCGUUUGCGUCGACCUGUGGAACGAAUAUGAAUGCACGUGUCCAGAAGGAUCGACGCGUUCAUCUGGCACUUGCGUGAACAUCAACGAGUGUUUGGAGAAUCCCUGCCAGAACGGAGGCACCUGUAUCGAUAGAGAUCGAGUGAGAAGAUACGAUUGUAUUUGCGCCAUUGGUUACACUGGACAUGACUGCGAGCUGGAGCUAUUAGCUUCGGGCAUCAUCACGCCCUCAAGGGAUUUCAUUAUAGCUAUCAUUGUCUGUUUGUUUAUGCUUCUAGUCUUGGUACUAGUGUUUGUGGUAUACAAUCGCCGCCGCGAAGCUCACAUCAAAUACCCCGGCCCCGAUGACGACGUACGAGAGAACAUCAUCAACUAUGACGACGAGGGUGGCGGUGAAGACGACAUGACCGCCUUCGAUAUCACGCCUCUACAGAUCCCGAUUGGCGCACCUUUGCCUGAUCAUGCCCCUACUAAAAUUCCUUAUCCACUGAUGGGCGUCGGUCUUGGUGUGGGCCCGAUGGGCGUGGGGGUGGUGCCGCCGGGCGUGGGAAUGGCUUUACCGGUGCCUGGUGAGACGAACGUGGGCAUGUUUAUUGAGGAACACAAGCGGCGAGCUGACAGUGAUCCUAACGCACCACCUUUUGACGAUCUGCGCAACUACGCUUAUGAGGGCGGCGGCAGCACUGCCGGUUCCCUUUCCUCACUCGCUUCAGGUACCGACGAGGAGAACCACGAGUAUGAAUAUCUGAACGCGUGGGGCCCGCGCUUUGGGAAACUAGCGGACAUGUACGGGCCGGACAUGGACGAGCAACUGUAAGCGCAUCCCAGCGCCUGUACGCCUGUGUCCUUUAGUCAAUUGUCUCCCACUUCUUGUACACUCUACCACAGCAACCGACCGCCUCGGGAGGUCUUCUAUACCCCAGAUAUUAAUUUUGUAAAUAACGAAACGUGGCGACCGACCCCUCUACUUUGAUGGGUCGCCUCUCCCGCCGACUUGUAACUCUUAUCAAUUUUAUACAGCUUUAUUUGUAGCGAACAAUGUUUAGCUUAAUUAGUCGUUUAAGAAACUCAUUUAAUUGCGUAAUUUUAUAUAAAAAUACGUUCACCAAAUAUUUGAUAUAAGUUUUUAUUCUAGUUAGCCAUAUUAUGAGUCAGUAUUUUAUUGGAAUUUGAAAUAAGCAGAUUUUUGCCGAAGAGCCUGGCAUGAUACUGAAUGAAGGGUGUAUGUAGAUAGUGUGCUAUAAAUGUGAAUAAUUUAUACGAGUAUUUUGUAAGUCGACAGCUUUACGUGAUGUCACUGUUUAUGGCCCUUCGGCAUUAAUUCAAUGUAAUGUAAGUAACGUUAUAUUUUAAAAUAACGGUAAGUUAGUAAGUUCAUUCAUUGUCCGCUCGGACGUGAAGUCGAGUUUUAUAAUGCUCAUUACGGGACUUGGUGUAUUUUCAGGGGAAUGUACAUACAUAAAGCUAUAGGACCGUAAACAGACGAAUACGUUUAAAUUAACGCAGCAAUAACGACUAAAGUUGGGAGAUUUAAGCGAACUGUAUAGUAACCGGUGUUCCUCUUCUAACUCUCCACUGUAGUGCUAGGAUUUAGAAUUUGUGAAAACGACUAUGGUCUACUUAUAAUAGUAGAUAAAAUAAUAGUCAAGAGCUGUGAGUUAUUUGCUGAAUGAGUGAGAUUGAGCGAGUGCAUGUUUAUGUGUGCGGGUUUAUGAGUGAAUGAAUGACGAGUGUGAAGAUUGGUGAGUGAAUGGGAGCGGCGAGUCUCGCCGCCGUCGAUAUGAAUGGGACUGUGCCAAUUUAUUAGCAUUAUCGAUACAGCUAUGACAGUAGACAGUUAAGUGUUUGCACUUUAUUUAUUCGUAUAUUUAAAAUAUUAAAUUAGUCGCACCUAGGAAAAUAUCAGUAACUUAUUAAGAGUGUUGUGCUAGAUUACUAUUUCGAUCGGUUUUGACGUGAGAUAGUUGGCGGAACCGUUAGAAGUCACUAUUUAUAAAUUAAUAAUUAAGAAUUUAUAGUAAAGUAAUUUAAUAAACUUAAGGUUCUCAAAACUGUCUCACAUCGACGUUGAAUUAUGAUCAGUGUACAUUUUAGAAUUAUUGAAUUGCGUUAAAAUGACUGAUUUUAUUAUGUGUUUGAAAGCCUAAGAUUCUUGUAGUUCGAUUGUUUAAUAUAGACUUGUCUACCCUAUUGUAAGUUCACCCAAUAGUUUGCACUAACAAGAUGAUAUUAUUCCCAUACAUUAAAGCAAUUCUCGUUGAAUAUUAUACUUAUAAGUAGAAAUAAAAAUUUAGACCGAGUUAUUGAACAUCACGAUUUCACGAUUCUUUUUUAAUAUCAUUACACUGCCAGUAAUCGUCUAGAUUAAAUACUAUAAUGUUUUUGGUCCGUUUUUAUAUUUCAGUAUUAUACAAAGUUAUACUAUUGUACAUUUUGGGACUCUUUUAACACAAGCCGCUUUUUUCUUGAUCUAUUUUACUUGUACACCAAUUUUUAUUUUUUUUAAACAAGCUCUGCGUUGUCUUUUAUAUAAAUACCUUUAUUCCGUCAAUGUAUGCCCUUGCCCUUCCUAGGUGUAAUUGUAAGCAUAGCAAAUUGUUUCUAAACGGGCAAGCAACUCAAUAAAUUAUCGUUUAUAGAGUGCCAGGUCUGUAAUUAAAAGUAGUUGAUAAAUACAAUGUUAAAAUAAAUGUUUGAUGUCUAAUUAAAUUAAGCAUUUUGACGCCCAUCAAUGCAGCUUGAAGUACUUAAAAUUUGCAGGCCACCGUUUUGUGCAACGGCCUGCAAACGAUGAAAACACAACAUAAAGCGGGGGCAUAAAAUUGUUAGAUGAUAUCCUGCAGUCUUAACUAUUUUUUUCUCUUCUUUUAUUUCCGAAUACACGAACAUUGAACACCGUUUCCAUUUGAAAAUGCAUCGUCACAAAACAUUUUUAUAUCUCGAUUACGUUCAAAUUUAAAUAUCGGUGGACGUCUAGUCGUUUAAGAUUAGUAAAGAGCACGGCCAUAAAGUUAAAUGUAACGUUUCAACGUACCUAUACAUCGUACACUGAACAUGGUGAAGUCGUUAAUAUUUUUGCAAAUUAGUAACAGCAAUAUGUAAAUCAAGCCUGUUAACCUGUUAAGGAAUACCAUUAAUGGGUAAUUUCCAGGUUACUUUUCUCUACCUAAUGUCGGUGGCAAUUUUUAAUAUUUAGGUAUUCGAGUAUAUUAUGAAAUAUUCAAUAAUAUUUAUUUAAGUUACUAUACUCGAAUACUAAAUAAUACUUCAUGAUAAUAUUCUAGAAUACUUAAAUGACAAAAUUACCAUACUCUUAAACUUGUCGUCUUUAAUCCAAUUUCUUUUACGAAUUUGUACAUAUUUUUGUACGAAUGUGUACAAAUAAUUGGAAUCAACGAAGUGUGAUGUUGUAGGGAGAUUUAAAAAGUUUUGUGCCGAUGACAAUUUAAUUGAAUGGAUCGGUGAUCGGAGACGGCAGAGCACACAGCCCCAGUACAAAGUAAGUGCGCGGACGUACCUAUACGCGAACAGGCGCUAGUGCACGUCGUUUUAUUUAAAAUAGACAUUAAUUAAUUGUAUUAUAACCGACAUAGUUAUGUUUUGUUUCAACUGUGAUUAUUUAGUUGUACAACUCCG